AUGUCACUAUCGGUAGCAGGAAAAUAUGCACUCAUAACUGGAGGCGGUUCAGGCAUCAAUCUCGCAUUUGCUCGACUGCUCCUGUCACGGGGCUGUUCAGUCAUAAUCGGCGACCGGGCCCUGCGCCCAGAAGCAGAGAAGCUCAUGGCUGAAUAUCCGCACUCACCAUCUUCUUCUCCCGCCUCCUCCUCCUCCUCGUCUGGACAGCAACCGUCAGCCGUCUUCCACCCGACCGACGUGCGCUCCUGGCCACAGCUCUCGUCGCUCUUCUCCCGGGGCCUGGACACGUUUCCCCGGCUCGACAUCAUCUGCCCCGGCGCGGGCCUCUUUGAGCCCCUCUCGUCCAACUUUUGGUAUCCACCGCGGACGGCGACCAACCCGGACUCGCCGUCGCGAGACCCGGCCGACGUGUCGCCCAGCCUGGUCAACACGUAUGCCACCCUCGACGUCAACCUGACCCACCCCAUCCGCCUGAGCCAGCUGGGCAUCAGCUACUGGUCCAAGCUGCGCAUGCCUGGCUGUCUGGUGCACGUUUCUUCUCAGGCGGGGCAGGGCGCCAGUAUCGGCACACCCAUCUAUUAUGCCACCAAGCACGGUUUGAAUGGUUUCGUGAGGGCGCUCGGGAGUCUGAGGGAUGAGGUGGGAAUACGUGUCAGCGCCGUUGCGCCUGGUGCAGUUCAGACUCCAAUGUGGUCAGAAGAUCCGCAAAAGGCUGCCAUGCUAGAAGGACCCGAGAAGAGUGUUCUAAUAGAUCCAGCAGAGAUCGCACAGGGGAUGCUAGAACUCUGCGAAAAUCCAGAGUAUGGAAAUGGAACCAUUCUCGAGGUGAACAAGAAUCAUCAGCGGGUCGUCCCCAUGUUCAAUGCCGACCCGCCAAGUGGCGAAGGGAGUUCGGUGGCUGGGUUCUUCAAGGCCGAGGAGGACAUCAUGAAUCGAAUCAAAGAAGGAGGGGUGAGCACUUAG